AAAUGAGAGCUCCAUCAUGUGAAACUCAAAUCUGAAGGAAGUCGAACCAUGUCUUCUUUGGUAUCUUUCAUCUGCCUUUUCCUGUUCUCAUUUCUCACUAGCUUCAGAGCUUCUGCUCAAAAUCCUAUUUACCUAGGUCGUUUUUGUCCAAAUACGACAACGUAUUCAAGGAACAGCACUUACUUCACCAAUCUCAAAACCCUUUUGUCCUCUCUCUCUUCCCGUAACGCCUCUUACUCCACCGGAUUCCAAAACGCCACGUGGGGACAAUCCCCCAACAGGGUCACCGGAAUUUUCCUUUGCCGCGGAGAUUGUUCGCCGGAAGUAUGUCGUAGCUGCGUCACCUUUGCCGUUAACGAAACCUUAACUCGGUGUCCGUAUGAGAGAGAGGUCGUGCUGUAUUACGAUCAGUGUAUGCUCAGAUACUCUCACAGGAAUAUUCUAUCGACCCUUACGUACGACGGACAUCUUUUCAUGCAAAACAUGAAUAAUAUUUCUUCUAAUCAAAAUCAAAUAGAACUGUUCAUAGCUACGGUGUCCUCCUCGAUGAACCGAGCUGCCACCGAAGCAGUCAAAAGUUCUAGAAAUUUUUAUACGAUAAAGACGGAAUUGACCAAAUUUCAGACUUUUUACGGGCUGCUUCAGUGCACUCCUGAUCUAACAAGACAGGACUGCAUGAGCUGUUUGCUACAUUCGGUCGGCGGAAUGUCUCUUUACCGAAUUGGAGCAAGACUUCUUUAUCCGAGUUGUAAUGCAAGGUACGAGCUUUAUGCGUUUUACAACGAAACCGGCAUUAAAACACCAUCACCACCACCACUACCAUCAUCACCACCGCUACAGUCGCCUGUGUCUACUCCUCCGGUGAUAUCUCCUUCACUACCUGGGAAAGGUGGGAAUUCAAAUAUGUUAGUGGUAGCCAUUGUUGUGCUUAUUAUAGUGGCUGUUCUGCUUUUCAUAGCUGGUUAUUGUUUCCUUGCAAAAAGGGCUAAGAAGGUUUAUGACACAGCGCCUGCAUCUGAGGGUAAAGAUGAUAUAACAACCAUAGAGUCGUUGCAACUUGAUUAUAGAACAGUUCAAGCUGCAACAAAUGAUUAUUCAGAGAAUAAUAAGAUUGGUCGAGGUGGAUUUGGUGAGGUUUACAAGGGUACACUUUCGAAUGGGACUGAUGUUGCGGUGAAGAGAUUAUCAAAAUCAUCAGGACAAGGUGAAACAGAGUUCAAGAACGAGGUUGUUGUUGUUGCAAAGCUUCAGCACAGAAAUUUGGUUAGGCUUCUAGGGUUUUCGCUACAAGGAGAAGAAAGGAUAUUGGUGUACGAGUAUAUGCCCAACAAAAGCCUUGAUUACUUCCUCUUUGACCCUUCAAAGCAGAUUCAGCUGGACUGGACUCGCCGAUACAAUAUCAUUGGAGGAGUUGUUCGGGGAAUUCUUUAUCUCCAUCAAGAUUCUCGGCUCACAAUCAUACACCGUGACCUAAAAGCAAGUAACAUUCUCCUAGAUGCGGAUAUAAAUCCCAAAAUUGCGGAUUUUGGAAUGGCUAGGAUCUUCGGAUUGGACCAAACCCAAGAGAACACAAGCAGAAUAGUUGGUACCUUCGGUUACAUGUCUCCUGAAUAUGCGUUGCAUGGCCAGUUCUCAAUGAAAUCUGAUGUCUAUAGCUUUGGAGUGUUAGUUCUUGAGAUUAUAAGCGGUAGGAAGAAUAGCAACUUUGACGAGACAAGCAACUCACAAGACUUGGUCACACAUGCUUGGAGGCUCUGGAGUAACGGAACAGCAUUAGACCUUGUGGAUCAAGUUAUAUUAGAUAACUGCCAGAAGAGUGAAGUGGUUCGAUGCAUCCAUAUCAGUCUUUUAUGUGUUCAAAACGAUCCGGUACAACGUCCGACAAUGUCAACCAUUUGUGUGAUGCUCACUAGUAAUACUAUCACUUUACCAGUGCCUCAACAACCAGGGUUUUCCAUUCAAAGUAGACCCGAAAAGGACCCGCUUGAUUCAGAUCAAUCUACGUCGACCAAGUCAGAUCCAGUAUAUGUUGAUGAUGCAUCGAUCACUUAUAUAUAUCCUCCUUGAAUAUGGUGUUAGCCUUCGAGCUUGGAUUAACUGGCAUUACUGAAAUCAAGUUUAAGCAUGUAUUUAUUACAUAUUUGAUACUUCUAUAGGCGAUCAACCUUGUUUAUUGUUUAGUUCUAAUUUGUUGUUUGUUACAACAAUUUGUAAUUUGGUCUGAUUUUUAGUUAAAAUAACUUCAAAAUCCAAA